AGCCUUCAGCACGAUGUCUUACCAAGAGCAGCAGUGCAAACAGCCCUGCCAGCCUCCUCCUGUGUGCCCACCCACAAAGUGCCCAGAGCCUUGUCCUCCUCCAAAGUGCCCUGAGCCCUGUCCUCCUCCAAAGUGCCCAGAGCCCUGUCCUCCUCCAAAGUGCCCUGAGCCUUGUCCUCCUCCAAAGUGCCCAGAGCCUUGCCCCCCUCAGCCAUGCCAGCAGAAAUGCCCUCCUGUGCAACCUCCUUCACCCUGCCAGCAGAAGUGCCCACCCAAGAGCAAGUGAGUGCUUCAGCAGUCACCAGGACCAAGAGAAGAGGAGGAAAUCUUCCUCCCAUUCUUCCAUAGAAACACUUCCGUCUUUGCUUCAAAGCCUGUCAUGGAUGCAGAAGAAUCCUCUCCAGCCUUCACACUCCAUGUGUCUGUGAUGACCCCUGAUAGGGUGGGCAUUCUCCUGAGACUGUUCUUCUUCUGAUGUCAAGGGGAGGCUGACAAUGACCCUUCCACACCAACUCAGUGUCCCAGAUGCUCAGUGAUGAGCAGCAUCUUCCCACCCUGUGCACUCAGAGGAUGUUUCCAGAACUCUCAGUCUCCUUGUUUGUGUUGUUGUCACUGUGGCUUCAUUUCCUGAAUAAAGUACAAUAUGACUGUUA